AUGCUUUCUGUACAUACAAAACUAUUUGGCCCAUUAUACAAAUUUUCCAAAGGUCACGGUGCCAAAUUUGUUUUAGGUUCUCCAGUCAAGGUCGAAAACAUGAACUCUUUCGAUAAUCCUGGGGAAGGUGAUCAAAACAAUCCUCGACAGGCUGAAAUCGAGCAGAAAAAACUCGAUAUUGCAUGUUACAAACAUAGCUUGGAGCUAAACCGUAUUGCCCUUAGCAAGACCAUUUGGGAUAUACGUAAUUAUUGUUUCACUAACGCUCAAAAUGACCCCUUGCUCUGUCCCCCAAGAGACAAUCCAUAUAAAUCCCAACGAUCAUGUACAGUUAUUUAG